AUGGCAGGACGCAUAGACGCACAACAGUCAGAAUCCGAGCUUACGUUCAAGUUUAGGAUCGAGAACCUGCAUGCGCUCUUCACAUUGCCAGAGGGGCAGAAAGAAGGCCCCGCCCUGAAAACCGAUGAAUUCGGGCCUGGGCUUUCGUUCAAGUUGCAAGUCAAACAAAAGGAAGACGAGCAGCCUGCACUUGGAGUCUUUCUGGUUAUUCCCGAGAGCCUUAACACGCCCGCAGCGCGCAUAAACUGCAAGCUGACUGCACACUCGCUAGACUUCAGAACCACGUACUUCUCUAGGACAUGGGAGCAUGUAAUGCGAAGCGGUGGAUCUGGGCGGGGCUGGCCAACAUUCCUCACGUUUCCGUUUGUGCAGAAGACUCAGGAGGAGGCGUUGUGGAUCCGGGCGGUGGUAAAGGUGUCCAUGGGGGAGCCGAGCGUGCGAUCGAACGCCACGCUCACCCUGCUGCACAAGGUGAUGCAUUCCAGGGAGGUCGACGCGUUACGCUUCGUCUCGUACGAGGCGCGCGGAGCGUCUGGGAAACUUGGUCGCCCGCGCUCGACGUUUGCGCCUGCGGACAUCUUGACGGAGUCGUGCGAGAAUGUUGACUCUUUGGACAAAUUCAUGGAAAUAUUGCACGGCUUCGCGCUCGAUGAAGAAGGUUAUCCUGCCAAUCUCCACGAUACCGCAGCAAGCUACACCGGUUAUGACAGCGACUCUGACGACUUUGACGACGACGACAGCGACGGCGCUGCGAUCGACGGACGCGGUACGAAACGGAAAUUCGACGCCAUCGCGGAUGCCAAGUCGGAGGAUAGCGACGGCAACGUCGAGAUGGUGGACGAGACGACGGUCGCGACAGUGAAGCGAGAACCCUUCGAAGGUAAGGUCAUCGUCUUGCAGGACGCUGCAGCGAGAACAUGGGAAGCCCUGCUGUUCUACCUCCAGACAGGCUUCAUCGUGUUCGCGCCACUGAGCAGCAGUGACAAGCAAGCGCGCGACAAUUUCAGAGAAAAGUACCGCGACCUACAUCCAAACCGGCCUGAGUCACCGUCAUGCAAGUCCAUCUAUCGGCUCGCCGACAAGCUUGGGCUUGACGACUUGAAAAAAAGAGCGCUCCUGCACCUGGAAUCGCAGCUAUCACCGCAAAACAUUCUGGACGAAAUUUUCAGCGAAUUCACGUCCCAUUACGAGGAGGUAAGAAAGAUUGAAUUGGCGGCCGUCGUGAAAUGGUGGGCCCAGGUGCAGAAGCAGCCUGCGCUAAUCACCAAGAUGGAGGAAGUCGCUAGCGGGAAGCUCCCGCAUGCGGGGAAAAUUAUGAUAGAGAUCUGGAGUCGAGUGAUGGUGAAACCUGAGGAUGUGGCGAAGGCGGCUGCGGCGGACUUGCCUUCUAACUCUGGCUAG